AUUUUUGUCUAAAAGAGGAAGAGGUGCUAGCAAUUACAUUUGGCGGUUGGGGCAGAUAAAAAGCAGAGUGGGAUCAGCAAAUCCAUGUUUCAUUCACUCUUCUAACCAAACCCGAAAACAGAGUACAAGAUUUAAACACGCGAACACCGUGUUUGAAAAUCGAACAUAAGAGAAGAGGGCGCAAUCGUUAGGGUUUCCAAGAUGGAAGGCAUGGUUGAUCACCUGGCUUUCGAGCGGAACAAUUCGCAGUUCGAUGUCGACGAGAUGAAGAUCGUUUGGGCCGGUUCUCGUCACGCUUUUGAAGUAUCUGACAAAAUGGCUCGCCUCGUUGCCAGCGAUCCGGCAUUCAGAAAGGAUGAUAGAGUUGUGCUUGAUAGGAAGGCUUUAUUUAAGAACACUUUGAGGAAAGCAGCUUAUGCAUGGAAAAGGAUUAUUGAGCUCCGUCUCAGUGAAGAGGAAGCUGCUAUGCUCAGAUCCUUUGUGGACCAACCUGCUUUUACGGAUCUACAUUGGGGAAUGUUUGUUCCUGCUAUCAAAGGACAAGGAACUGAGGAACAGCAGAAGAAGUGGUUGCCUUUGGCUCAUAAGAUGCAAAUAAUUGGUUGUUAUGCCCAAACUGAACUUGGCCAUGGAUCUAAUGUUCAAGGGCUUGAAACAACUGCAACCUUUGAUCCCAGAACAGACGAGUUUGUAAUUCAUAGCCCCACAUUGACUUCAAGCAAAUGGUGGCCUGGUGGAUUGGGUAAAGUGUCAACACAUGCCGUGGUUUAUGCCCGACUAAUUACUGAUGGCCAAGAUCAUGGAGUGCAUGGUUUCAUUGUCCAGCUGCGGAGCCUGGAUGAUCACUUACCUCUUCCAGGCAUAACUGUUGGUGAUAUUGGAAUGAAAUUUGGAAAUGGAGCAUAUAACUCCAUGGAUAAUGGGAUGCUAAGGUUUGACCAUGUACGGAUUCCAAGAAAUCAAAUGUUAAUGAGGGUUUCACAGGUAACAAGGGAAGGAAAAUAUGUACAAUCCAGUGUUCCACGACAAUUAGUCUAUGGUACUAUGGUAUAUGUAAGACAAACAAUUGUAUCUGAUGCGUCAGUUGCUUUGUCGCGAGCAGUUUGCAUUGCUACAAGAUAUAGUGCUGUUCGAAGACAGUUUGGGUCAAAAGAGGGAGGUCUUGAGACACAGGUGAUUGAUUAUAAAACGCAGCAAGCUAGGCUCUUCCCUUUGUUAGCUUCUGCCUAUGCCUUCAGAUUUGUUGGUGAAUGGUUGAAAUGGCUUUAUAUGGAUGUGAUGAAAAGAUUGCAAGCCAGUGAUUUUUCAACCUUACCUGAGGCUCAUGCGUGCACUGCAGGGUUGAAGUCCUUGACUACUUCAGCAACUGCUGAUGGAAUUGAGGAAUGCCGCAAACUAUGUGGUGGCCAUGGUUACCUUUGCAGCAGUGGUCUCCCUGAGUUAUUUGCAGUCUACAUUCCUACCUGCACAUAUGAAGGAGACAACACUGUGCUGCUUUUACAGGUGGCUAGGCAUCUCAUCAAGACUAUUUCUCAGUUGGGCUCCAGAAACAAGCCUGUUGGUACAACAUCUUACAUUGGACGAGUGGAACAGCUUAUGCAAUAUCGUUCUGAUGUUCAGAAAGUGGAGGAUUGGCUGAAGCCUAAUGCAGUGUUGGGAGCAUUUGAAGCUAGGGCUGCUAAGAAGGUGGUUGCUUGUGCUCAAAAUCUCAGCAAGUUUACCAAUCCCGAAGAAGGUUUCCAAGAACUCUCAGUCGAUCUAGUUGAGGCAGCUGUUGCUCAUUGCCAGUUAAUUGUUGUUUCCAAAUUUAUUGAGAAGUUGCAGCAAGAUAUCCCUGGAAAGGGAGUGAAACAGCAAUUAGAACUUCUUUGUAGCAUUUACGCUUUGUUUCUUCUUCACAAGCAUUUGGGUGAUUUUCUUGCAACUGGCUGCAUCACUCCCAAACAGGGUUCCCUUGCAAAUGAGCUGCUGAGGUCCUUGUAUUCACAGGUUCGUCCUAAUGCAAUUGCACUUGUUGAUGCGUUUAACUACACUGAUCACUACCUUGGUUCGGUUCUUGGUCGCUAUGAUGGAGAUGUGUAUCCAAAGCUGUACGAGGAGGCAUGGAAGGAUCCAUUGAAUGAUUCAGUUGUGCCAGAUGGCUUCCAAGAAUAUAUUCGACCAAUGCUAAAGCAACAACUUCGUAAUGCUAGACUCUAAAUUACUUUUUUAUAACUGCACUGUUGAUACUGGAGAAAGUUAUGUAUUGCUUUCAAUUUAAAAGACAGUAAUAAAGUUCUACGAAAGGGAAACAAAUUUGACAUCAACUUUGACAAAAUUGAUUAUGAAUAGAAUUGAUUUUGGUUAAAGUUGAUUUUAAA